CAAGAACCUUCUGAGGGAGGAGAAGCCUGACUUCUUGGAGUUCCCUCCCCAGCUGGUGGCAGAGCAGUUGACACUGAUGGAUGUGGAGCUCUUCAAGAAAGUGAUGCCCCAUGACUUCCUGGACUCCAUCUGGUCCCAGUGGGACAACAGGGCCAAUGAGCACCUUGCACCCAAUAUCCAUGCCACCAUGACCCACUUUAGCAGAGUGGUCAAAUGUGUCUUCACCACCUGCCUCGGGGACCCGAGCAUGACGGCCCAGGACAGGGCCAGGGUGGUGGAGCUCUGCAUCCAGGUGGCCAAGAAGUGCCAAGGCCUGAGGAACCUGUCUUCACUCCAUGCCAUCCUCUGGGCAAUGCAGAGCCCCUCCAUUCAGCGUUUAAAAAAGACAUGGAGAUGGGUGUCCAGGUGGGUAGGCCUCUCUCCAUGA